AUGUCCCCCGAAAUGCAAGAUCCUGGUAAUAGGAGAUCUUCCUGUGACCAGUGCAGACAAAAGAAGCUCAAAUGUGAUGGCGGAUAUCCUUAUUGCGGAAGAUGUUCGAGUAUAUCAGAGAGCUGUGUAUACUCGGCCAAGUUGCCGAUGGGAAGACCGAAAAAGAGAAAGGUCACGGAAAGUGAGGUCCCGAGCAGUACGGAGAGCAGGACGUCAUCAUCAACUUUGGCCAUGAGUAUUACAAGCGAGACGGGAAGCGAAGUUGGGAGAAGAUCAAGUUUUGAUCACUGUCAGUACAUGUCGGAUGAUGCACCGUUGGAGAUGUCUCUUGGAUCAGAUACAAACGUUGAUCCGAAGCUCUUGGCUUUCGACACAGACCCCCAAAGCUGUGCAUGCCUUGCCAGUCUAUAUCUAUCACUAGAAGAAGUCCGGAAAGCAGACGACUUGCCCUUUACAUCUCGAUUAUCAACUCACCGAAAGAACUAUAGUGACAACACUGUCUUGGCUGCUUCUGUCUCUGUGACAGAUGACGUCCAAGUCCACAAAUCCUGGUUGCCUCUCCAGGACCCUAGAUUGAGGCUCAAGUUUGACACCCAGACAACGCAUCCCCUACCAAGCGACACUUUGCGUGGUUAG